AUGUAUACUGCUGCACAGGUGUUGUCCUUGGGUACGUUUGAUCCUUUUGAUAUUCGUUGGAGCAUCUUAUAUGACAUCGGAUAUCCAAUCCGCCACUUCCCCCAUCCCCACAUCUUCAAAUCUCUUCCCCCAAUCCGUCUCUCAACUGACGCAAACCACAACAGCGUCGCCGUGGGAGCUGCCAUCUACUCCAGCGCCCACAAGCUCAUGACCGACAAGACCCUGCGUCUCAGCCGCAACGCUCCCAAGAGCCCCGAGGAGCACUAA